AUGACAACCUCACUCCCCCAAGAACCAAUCUGCCUCCUCCGCCGCCUAAAAGACCUCGCCACCCUCUCAACCUCCUCCGCCCCGUCCGAGAAAUCUUACCCUUCCAUCAAGAGCAUCCCGCGCACAUCCCCCUCCCGCCUCGCAGCAGCAGCGGCAGCUUCCCCAGACGCCUCCAGCAACGAUGCAUCUUCCACCCCCACCGCCCUCGCCGUCGCCGCAGAACAGACAUCAGUCCUCUACCUAGCCUACGGCUCCAACCUAAGCGCGGAAACCUUCCUAGGCGCCCGCGGCAUCCGUCCAAUCUCCCAAGUAAACGUCUCCGCCCCAGGUCUCUCCCUCGUCUUCGACCUCCCCGGCCUCCCCUACACGGAACCAUGCUUCGCCAACUCGGCGCCCCGGAAGAUCCCCAACCUCCCGGACCCGGGCGAUCCUCCCAAAUUCCCGCCCGUGCCGCCGCUACCGCCUCCGUCCGCCGCGUCGAACCAGACGAAGAGGGAGAAGAACAACACCGUACCGACGACACCAGACCUGGGCUGGGACAAGGGCCUCAUCGGCGUAGUCUACGAAGUCACGCCCCGAGACUACGCCACAAUCGUAGCAACAGAGGGAGGCGGCUCCUCCUACAAGGACAUCCUGACCCCCUGCAUCCCGCUCCCGCCCCGCGUCUCCGUCCCCGAGAAGCCGCCCAUCGACAUCCCCCGCCCGUUCCUCGCGCACACGCUCUUUUCCCCGUCCAUCCCGGACGCCGAGCCCGAGGAGCCUGACACCACCUCCACCUCCUCCUCCUCCUCCUCCUACAACUACAGUAACGCCAAGGACGGCGGCGACGACGACAAAACCCCAACAGACCCCCGCAAAAAAUGGUACUACCGCUUCCUCCGCCCGACCCGCCGCCCCGACCCCACCUACGCGCAACCCUCGCCCCGGUACCUGAACCUCAUCACCUCCGGCGCGGCAGAGCACGAGCUCCCGGACGACUACCAGCGCUGGCUCAACUCCCUCGUGCCAUACACCCCGACCUCGCCACGACAGAAGCUGGCGCAGUGGCUGUUAAAGGCGCUCUUCCUCCCCGUGUUGCUGGUGUUCUUCGCGCUGAACAAAAAGGUGGCCAACAAGGAAGGGAAAGUGCCCGUUUGGUUGGGGGUUACGUUGGGGGUUGUGUUUAAUUUGCUUUGGAUGGCGUAUGAUGCCGUGUUGAGGCCUGUUUUUGGGGAUGGGGAGAGGACGCAGGAGGAGGAGGAGGGUGACGAGAAGAAGGGGUGGGUGAGGGGCAGGUCAUGGAGUGGACGUGUUGGGUGUGGUGAUGAGGAGAAGAUGGGAUUGCUCGAGAAUAUGGAUUGA